CUUUAUACAUAUCUCUUUAUAUUAUUUUACCUAGGUUUCAUCAUCACCUUCACACACAUAUUCUUUUCUUUAUUUCUUCUGCAUUGGAAUGGAAGAUAACCAGGGGCAAGAGGGGCAAGAGCAGCAGCAGCAGCAACAGCAACAACAGCAAAAGCAACCCUCCGAGAGAACCGAACCCGUGAGGUCAAGAUGGACUCCCAAACCAGAACAAAUCCUUAUUCUCGAGUCCAUCUUCAACAGUGGCAUGGUUAACCCACCCAAAGACGAAACCGUCAGAAUAAGGAAGCUGCUUGAGAAAUUUGGCGCCGUUGGUGAUGCCAACGUCUUCUACUGGUUCCAGAACCGCCGCUCUCGCUCCCGCCGCCGCCAGCGCCAGAUUCAGGCCACCCUUAACAACGGUGGCGGUGCAAGUACCAACAAUCCCUUUCAACACCACCAUCAAAACAACCCUGCUCUUGUUGCGAACAUGGGUUUUGCUAGUGCUACUUCCUCUUUCCUUAACCCCUCUUACAUACCACCUGGUUCUUCUUCUUCCUCUUCUUCUCCUCCCUGUGGUGCUGAAGAAAGCUUCGAUGAUUUCUUCCCACCCUCUACUCAAAUGGGUUUUCCUGGAAUUGAUCAUCAUGCUUCAGCUGCAUCGUCUUCGUCAGUUUUGUACCCUCUUGAAGCUUCCAAUUUGAACUAUCACUCUGAUAUAGGAUUUGGGGGAAUUUCAGGAGUGAUCACAGUGUUCAUCAAUGGGGUUCCAACAGAAGUUCCAAGGGGGCCAAUGGACAUGAAAACAGCUUUUGGUGAAGAUGUAAUGUUAGUUCAUUCCUCUGGAAUUUCGGUUCCCACCAAUGAGUUUGGUUUCUUGAUGCAGGGCUUGCAGCAUGGUGAAAGCUACUUUGUGGUUUCAAAGCAAACACAAGUAUGAACAGAUGAAGUUAAUUGCAUGGCAGCAAUGGAAGCUUCUGUUAGAUGUUUCUGCUAUAAAUUGUCUUCCUUGUUUGGUUUUUUUUUUUUUUUUUUUUCGUUUUCUUUUUACCAUUUCCGUAAUCCUUUAUAUGUGGUUCAAAUAUUAGAGAUCUACUAUGUGAUUAGAGAAGUCCAUAUGUAUAUCUACUUAACAAUUUAUAUAUACUUUCUUUUCCUGGUUUUAG